GGAACUUGUACAGUGCGAAUAAAUCGCGUCGUCGUCGAGGGGCGAAUACGAAGAGGGGUGCGAAAAGAAAAUACAAUAAUAUGUCGCCACUGCGUCGCGCGGUGAAAUCAUGUGGUCGCGCUCCGCUCCGGAGAAAGCAGUGACAUUUCGGACGUACGUUCCGGAACGGUGUACACAGCCCGGAACGCCGCCUUCCUCACCUUCGGCCUUUCCGUUGAAAUGAUCGAAUUGGCAGCCGGGCUCGUCGUGGCGCUCGUAGUACGGACCACUACCAUUCGCGAAAAGAGAAUAGCGUCGGAGAUGAAGAGAAAGCUUCUUCGUCGCUGUGUGUGACUUCGACUUUUCGCGACUUCAUUUAUGUACAUAUAUAAAUAUAUAUAUAUAAAUAAAUAUACACGUGCGGGGGUGAGACAGGUCUGUUUUACGGAAGGCGAUUAGUGAGUAGGUAAAAAAAAAAACAAAAAAAACAAAACAAAAGAAGAACAAAAAAAUAAAAUUAAAAAAAUUAAUAAAAGUUAGAUGCGCUCGAAAUCGGCCUGGAAAAAGAGCAGAAGGAGGACGCUCUCUUGAAUCACGGUGACCACGGUGACCUAUGUGCGAUGCGCGAGAAUCGUUAAAUCGACGAGCGCCGAACCGGUUCGUCGCUGAUGGUCCCUGGUUCGACGAUCGAUCGCCAAUCACACGAAAUUACCGCAGGGGCGAGAGGGACUUACGAGAACCACACGCCAUCGCCAACAACGACAGAAGAAGAAGACGAAGAAGAAGAAGAGAACGAGAGAAAGAGAAAGAGAGAGAGAGAGAGAGAGAAGAAUUUCGAGGAACAAUAUUGUUGAGAAUCAUUUAAAAUAAUGUUUCUGCGCAUCGACGACAGGCUGCUGCGCUUUGGGGUACUGUUUCUGUUGUGGAUAGGCUCGAGUCGCCAGCAGGAGGAGGACAUACCUCACAAUGAAGUAAAAAACUGGGCCUUAAAAUUUGGCGUUGAUCUGUGGGAAUUUGGUAAACAAGCAACUAAAAUGAGCGAGAUAACGAGAAAAUAUCACGAAGUGGACAGCAGCAUCACAAAAAAAGACGGUCUCGUCCUCGUUCGGGAAAUGGCCAUGGAGGUGAAAAACCUGAUGGACUUUAAAAUGAACGCCGUGAUGAGAUUGGUGGAAAGCGCCGAACAAACGGCCUUGUCGGUGUCGAAGGAGGGAAGCGUGCCACCCAAAUAUUACGCUUCUCAUCGGCUUAAUUUCGUCACCGACGACGAUGCCGGCGCUCAGGAUAUGUUCCUCGCUGCGAAUCGUCACUUCGACCAUUUGGCAGUAAACGUCACUCUGUCCGCUGUGCUCUUACCAAGCGGAGUCAAAGACAACGAACGCGAUGUUGCCUCGGGCAUUCAAUGGAGCGAGUAUUUGGACCUUUUGUUUGUUAAUAAUUACGAGAGCGAUCCUACGUUAUCGUGGCAAUAUUACGGAGCAACGACGGGAUUUCUACGUCGUUUUCCAGCGAUAUCGUGGCCGCCGAUCGAGGGCACGUCAACGUCCAAGUCUUACUCGCAUCAUCGAGCUGUUCGCGACGUGUACGACUUCAGGAUGUCGAAUUGGUUCGUCGGGGCGGCGAACAGUCCGAAGGAUCUGACGAUUCUGAUCAACAGCGCUACCUAUACGUCCGAUCGAAAUCGACGGCUGACGAUGGCUACGACAAAGGUGAUCCUGGACACGCUAGGACCGGACGAUUACGUAAACGUUUAUCGAUACGGCGAGAAUGCCGAGGAGAUCGUGCAGUGCUUCAAGGAUAGCCUGGUGCAGGCGUCGCCGGAGAAUAUCCACGAGAUGAAGGUGGCGUUGUCCUCGAUAAAGCCCGAGGAUACCGCGACCAAUAUCUCGGCCGCGCUCAGCACCGCCUUCGAGAUCCUGCACAAGUACAAUCGUACCGGUCAGGGUAGCCAGUGCAAUCAGGCAAUCAUGCUCAUCACCUCGGAGACCGACGGUCCGCCCACGGAGGUGAUAAAACGUUACAACUGGCCUCACAUGCCCGUACGGAUCUUCACCUAUCUGAUAGGAGGCGACAAGAGUCCCGAUCUCCAGAACACGGCCUGCACGAACAAAGGAUUUUACGCGAGAAUAACAUCCAUGGACGAGAUUCACGAUAAAGUCUUCGAGUACGUGAAGGUUCUCGCGCGGCCUAUGGUGCUCUAUCUGCACGAUCAUCCAAUUCACUGGAGUCCCGUUUACGUAGGCGGAAAGAGCAGUAGAUAUGGCAGGGAAAAUCGCGGACAGUUGAUGACAUCCGUGUCAGCUCCGAUAUUAGAUCGCCGAAAUUAUACGGAGAAAACAGCCAAUUUGUUGGGUAUCGUUGGUACUGACGUAUCUGUCGAGGAGAUUCAGAAACUUGUGCCACCUUACAAGUUAGGAGUUAACGGAUAUUCGUUUAUUGUUGACAAUAAUGGCAGAGUUCUGUAUCAUCCUGACUUGCGGCCUCUAUACGAAGAAACUUUAAAACCUUCGUAUAUAAGUGUAGAUCUAUCGGAAGUUGAACUCGCAGAAAAUGAUGGCCCUGCAAUUCCCCCGAAUAAUUCGCUCUUGCUCGAUCUAAGACGUGAUAUGAUCGAUCAAAAAGAAGGAGAAACGGAUUUCACAAUCAAAAUACAUUAUGACGAUAUGAAAAGAGUUACGAUUCGACGGCACAAUUAUUUUUACAAGCCGAUCGAAGGCACCCCGUUCUCCUUAGGCUUAGCUCUACCGGAAGGCUACGGCAUGUUCGAAUUGCACGCCGAGCAGGAGAUCAAGCUCGCUAUUGUAAAUGUAACAGAGUAUUUCAAAGGGAGCAACUGGAAAGUGCAUCCCGAUUGGGUCUACUGCGAGUACAAUUCGGCUUCCGAUAAAUUUUUUUCCACCCCGGAAGAGCGCAUCCUGCAUUUUUUGGCACGGACGCGCAGACCGGCGUGGAAAUGGAUGUCCUUGAGACCAAGGAGUCCUAGCUCGCAUCAUAAGCAAGCGAGCAAGACGGAUAAAGAUGCUUAUUAUUGUGAUAAGACCUUAGUACAAUCUCUGGUUUUGGACGCUUUAGUAACGGACGGAUUUGAUAAGAGAGAACCGCCGAGAGUGCACAAAGAAGAAAACGAGAACCCUAUUGCCAUACUGAUGGCUCUACUGCACAGUCAGGGCAAGGGUAGAUUCGGCGUCACCAGGAGCUUCAUCGCGACUCGAAGCGGACUCUUGCGAUGGCAUGAGCAUCAGCAGAACGACGACCGUGAGAACACCGACGAACCGCGGUUCGCGGAAGAGCACGCGAGAGCAAUGGAUUCGUCGUGGUACAAACGCGCGGUGGAUCAACACUCGAUCGAACCGGAAAGUUUUGUCUUCAGCGUGCCGUUUGACGCAGCCGAAACAGCAGAUCCACUCGUCACCGCUACUCACGCGAUAUACAUUGCGAAAGGUCACAAAGCUCCGGCGGCAGUGGUGGGUUUGCAAAUUCAACACUCGUCUCUGGCGACUCAUUUCGUCAAUAUUACUUCUACAUGCACCGGCUGCAAAAAGAAUUGUGCCUCGGAGGAGCUCGAUUGUUACAUUCUAGACAAUAACGGAUUCAUUAUAAUAAGCGAACGUCACGAGCACACCGGAAAGUUCUUCGGCGAGAUAGACGGGACUAUAAUGGAUUCUUUGGUACAAGAUAGAAUAUACAGAAAAGUAACGGUCAUCGAUUAUCAGGGAAUUUGCAGUCCCCAGGAAUCUCAUCAGUCGUCGGCGCCGCGAGUUCUGUCCAACUCUUUUAUCAAGACGGCGACGACGUUCGGCAACUUCCUUUGGACCCUGGCCUUGACUCUCAAUAUUCAAGAUUUGUGGAAAACCACUCUGGCACUCGCCAACAACGUAAUGUCGUCGAAUGAUUACGAUGACGAAGUGCUAACACCCGCGGAUUCGACCGAAGAAGUAACGGUGGACGAGAACAACGAGUAUCUGAAAUAUCCGGCAUUUCCUCCGAUCGCGCCGGCGACGCCGGUCUCGCCGCCGACCACUCGGGCCACCUCCGCUCAUUAUCCUCGAAGAUUGCGCACCUGCGAGAAAAAAACGGACCUGUAUAUCCUGCAACCCGAACGGCUCAAUACCAGCGGUCAGAACAAUCCUCUGAAAGGGAAACUCACCAACUGUCACGUAACUGGAUGCGAGAGGCCAUUCAGCGUCCAAAAGAUUCGGCACACCAAUCUGAUACUGCUAGUGGUCGACACGCUGUGUCCAUGCGGCAGCAAACAAUUGAGUAUCGAGCCAAUCGAGGCUCUGACGGAACCCGGUGCGUGCACAGCGAGACGGGAGCGUUUGUAUCGACGAAGACCACCGAAAUGUAUAAACUACCACCCCGAGGAGAUGGAGAUCAAAUACUGCGGCGGCGCCGGCCGGUUCUUCAGUUUCACGUCGUUGAGUUUCACGAUUCUCUCAUUCGUCGUUACAGUGCGAUUUGCGUGACUCUCUGUCGAGAUUAAUUAAAACGAAAAAAAAAACAAAAAACAAAAAAAAAAAAGAAUAUACAACACACACACGUUUACGAAUUACCUUUUUAAAAUGAAUUUAGCGUUGUCGUUUCUAUGAAACAAUUAUUAAAGAGAAGAGGGGGGGAUAUAAAAGAGGAGAAAAAGAAAAUAUACUAGAGAUUUGCGGGUCAUCACUUAAACUCCGAUGAAAGUGAUGAAGAAAUAAAUAAACAAAUAAAUAUAUAUAUACAUAUACAUACAUAUAUAUAUAUAUACAUAUCUAUGUUACACAUCAAUAAUCCGAUUAUAAAAAUUCUGUUGACUGACGAGAAAGUCUCGAAUAUUUAUGUGCGUGUAUUCUCGUUGCGCGCAUAUAUCGAAAUUGAUUCAUAUCAAUAAUAACUCGGAUAUCGGACUAUAAGCAAUAAGUGCCCCAUAAUACAAUAAUAUACGACGAUUGUGAGAGAAAAAGAAACGAGAGAUUAGAAAUUUGCUUUUUGUUUGUUAGACACACACACACACACACGUUUUUAGACGUUCGCAUUAUUUCAAUGACAAUCUCGCGAACAAUCAGUAAUUCCUGAGUUAUAUACACACACACACACACACACACACACAAAUACGAGACCGGAUUUAUUUCGGCGAUGCGAGAUUUUCGUUCUAAGAGAAGAAGUUUCUCUCGUUGUGAGUUUUUCUUCUAAUGCUCCGAGCGUCCAAGCACACAUAGUGUAAAAGAGGAACGAUUCUUUUUAUCAGGCUUCUAAAUUUGUUUUUUGCUCGCUCUUCACACACACACACACACAUACACUUCAUUAGUGACCGCAAGAGAGUGACAGAUAUUAUUCACGGCCUAAAUGACGAUCGAACCCGAAGUGUGUCCGCUCGGGCCUAAAAAACUUCGAAUCACGCUCCUCACUUUGAAGGAGCAAACACCGGAGAUAACAAAACUUUCGGCGAGAAAAAAUUUGGAAGCGUGACAAAACUGACAACGUAUAUAUUUAUAUAGAUGUGAUGUUUUCGUUCCAGCCAUUUAUCCACAUCACAUUUGUGACGCUUUUAAUGUUAAACAAACAAGCCGAUAUUGUCAAACUGUAAUCGCUCUUCCGUUGAAAUCCCGAUAAGAUUUCCUCUUUGCGAGCGACGCUCUCGCAAGAAGCGAUACGUGCGUAUUUUCCAUCAAAAUUAAAAAAAAAAAAACACUCCUUUAAUGUAAAAAAAAAAAAAAACUACAAAACGCAGAGAACUCCAAAUAGAAAAAAAAAAAAAACUGCGCAUUUAAUGCAACAGUUGAAGUUUUCUGAAUAUGUAAGAACGUCAUGAUCUCUUCGUAAUUUCAAUGUUAUGUGGAGUACAAACAAACAAAAAACUUACUACACGUGUCAUCGUUUCGCAAUUCAGAGAUUGUCGUCUUUCUCAUAGACAAAAUUCACUUGAAAAAAAAAAAGUCUUCCCCUUUCUCCCAAACCCCAAUCGUAAGAUCCUGUUGUAUUCGAAUUAAAUGUUUUUAUCGUCCUUAGAGAUAUGCGUAGGCUGAUGUACUAAAAAAAAAAAAAACUUGUGUCGUUUUAAAACUAGGUCGAUAUUGAAUAUAGUGCUAGACUGUGUCAAAAAAAACAAAAAAAAAAAAAAACGUCAAGAAUAAUCAAAAUAGCAGAGCAAUAAAUAAAGAAAUUGAGUUUAAUUGCGAUGAUGAACGGACGGUCACCACGAGCUCGCGCGAAAGUCGACAGCUGCUUUCGUUUCGCCAACAGUCGUUUUUUCGAGAAUCAUCUUGAGAAUCAUCAAUUGUUUGUUAACGUAACAUGUGCAAAACAAAAUUGCCGCGUCUAUGUUCUCGCUCUAUGUUGUAUAGUUUUUUUUUUUUUUUUUUUUUUUUAAAUUCUAAUUACAUUACCGAGACUUGUAAUUUUCAAGUCAGUCUUCGAUCUGACUUCGAUCUCUCGAUGACAGUUAUUUGUCCUGUCGAUCGUGUAAAAGGCCAUUUUUCGAAGCAGCGGAUUUUUCGAGCGAGAAUCGUGGAUUGUCGAUGAGUUUCCGUGAGACGGUCGAUUUCACGUGUUUACACGAGAUGAGAUCGCGCACUUGUUGUCCGAAACAUAAAAUCAAAUCUCCCGAGACGAUAAUUACACACGUUCCGAAAUGACUCGCGCAUUCUAGAGAGAGAAAAAAAAGAGAGAGAGAGAGAGAGAGAGAGAGAGAAAAAGAAAGAAGGAUAAGCGCGACGAUGAGCGCUGAGAAUCGACGCUGAACUGUGUGAGGAAAUUUUUCCAUCCGUGUCACAAACGCACAUAUAAAUAUGAAAAACUUACGUUGCUCCCCGAAGAAAAAAUGAAUACUGUACGAUAAAAAAAAAUAUAUAUAUAUAAUCUUUGACUACGUCUGUUUUGCGUGUAAAGUAAUAAGGCGCGUGAGACUCGAUUUAGCUUUAUUUUUACGACCUAAAUAAUAAUGUUAAGAGAGCAACGCUAAAAUACUCGUUUGCUUCCUCUGAAGACACACACGUGUGAAAAAAAAAAAAACAAACAAACAAACAAACAAAAUGCGAAAGAAA